AUGGCCUCACAGACGCAGAACUGGGCCGGUUGGCAUGCCCCUCCGCCGCUGCCGCCCGCAGCCUUCUCUGUGGAUGGGGGAUCCUUCCCCUUUCCGUCACCCACCCAAUCGAUACUUCAGGAUGCAAACGAAGACGACAUGACGAAUGCGAGUUGCUCCGAGGACGAGUCGUAUGAUGAAUGUGGCGGACAGGGAGAGGAUCAGCCGGAGGAGACCACGCCCAAUGUCGGCAGACCGAAAGAAUUCGAAGCUUUACCCACGAUUACCCAGGUUCAGGCCAAUUCUGCGAUGGUUGAAUCUCCCAAAUUUCCAGGGCAAGCUGGGCCGCUUGACAUUCAGAGUCCCACAAGCCCUGGGACAAGCGAUGCCAGCGGUAUGUCCCAGCAGGUUUCUGAACUGGCAAUGCCAAACAUGUCAGCACCCCGACCAAGGCCGCCGCCCUUCGUUCCCCCUCAUCACUCCUUCCCAUCACAGAGAGCCUCAAACGCACCGGAAAUGCGGCCUAGGCCACAACCACCUUCUCCUGGUGCUGGCAAGUGUUUGCCGGAAGAAGUGAGUCCUUUGGAUGUGAAAUGGGGCGUCCUCUUUGACCAGAACGGCCUUCCAACGAGGCGGUGGGAUCAAGUACUCAGAGGAAUCGGCAACUAUCUGUUAAUGCCGCAAAAGACGCUGGUGAUUACACCAGGGAAGAUGGCGGCAUUCUACUCCCAACAUCCACUUGAGCUGGAACCUUUUCAAUACACAGACAUCUUCCGCACCAGCCAGGGGCCAUCGCACACCAGGCUGGCCGAGGUCUACGAGCAGCUGGCAUGCGAAUACUACCUGGUCCCAGCGGAGCCCAAGGCGCGACCCACGGUGCCAGGACUGACUCUCUCGGGCUGGACACGCUGGAUGACGCUCGCCAUGCGGGCGUAUCCCAACGAGGAAGCCCAGCGACUGGCCAAUGUCGUCGCGGCCCUGCCCAUCAACGCAGACAGUCUCCUCGACGGCAAGCCCGAGCGCCUCCCUAAACAAAUCUCCCGCCGCCUGCUCCCAGAAAAGGCCGACCGACAAGCCCGCAUGCUCUUCAACCGAGCUCUAAAGCCCCAUCUCGAAGCAACCGCCCUUCCAAGCAACAAGCCACCUCUGGAGGACGCCGAAAGACGAGCAUCCGCCUGCUCCCGCCCAGCCAGCCCCCGAUCCCGCUACCGGCCCGCCAACCUCCCUUUCCCAUCCCCGUCCCAAGCAAGCGACGACAUCGACCACCACUCCCGCCGCCGUACCGACCGAGACCUAGACCGGGAGCGCGACAGAGAGCGGAGUUACCGCGGCAGCGCAGGCCACGUGCGCACAUACGGCGAGAGCAUCCAACCAACAGCACGCCGCGACCCUCCUCCUUCUCCACGUUCUCCUAACUCUUCUUCCACCCGCCCGCCGCCACCACCAUCACCGCCGCCACCCUCCAGCUCAAGCUUUACUUCAAGCUCCAGAAGACGAACAAGUCCCUUCCCAUCAACAACGCACCCCCCGCCGCAACCGUUUUCCUCUUCUUCUUCUGCCACCAUAAACCACAGACACUCUGUCGCGGGUGUGAUAGGUAGUAACGGUAGAAAUGGCAGUACUACUGUGGGGAGUGGUGGGCUUGAUAGGGAGAGAGGGUGUACAUGGCCGGGGUAUCUGCCGCGGUCGACGUCAGAUUCGGCUGUGUCAUCGCGAAAUCGGGAUCGGGAUCGGGACCGGGCUAGAGAGAAGGAGAGGGAUAGAGGGAGGGAGAGGAGGCGGGAUAGUAGGGAGCGGGAAAAAGAGCGGGACAGGGAGAGGGAAAGAGAAAGGGAGAGGGAAACGGACAACAGUAGGAGGGAGAGGCCUAGAGGGAGAAAGUUGGCGUCGGUUGCUGAUCACUACUCAGAUAGGAAGAGCCGCGGCGGUAGUAUGCGGAGGACGCUGGUGGUGGUGAGAGAUGCGAGGGACGAGCGGAGUCAGACUUGGGGCGAGUUCCUUGCUGGGAGGUGA